CAUUUGUGUGGUGAGAACGUAGUGAUUAUAUGCUCUUUGGUAGUGAUUAUAUUUAUAUGCUCUCUGGUGACAACUGUGUGACUGAUUUUUCACAGAUUUAUUACACAAACACUCUUUUAUCUUCAUUUUCUUCUUUUUACCCGUCUACUGCAGAAUCGCGCUUAAUUGGUUAUCGUAUUAUUCAAAGCUACUAUUAUACAUAUAUAUCAAAAGAAAAUACCUAUUGUUUGUACUUAAUGAGCGGGUUAUCCUUGAGGUAUAUCAAAGUCAACAACUGAGUACCUACUUAGAUCAUGGCUAGGAUGGAGUUGUUGCAAACUGUGACCGGUCACAAAGGGAUAGUGUGGAAUGUAUCAUGGCACCCUCUUGGUAAAAUGUUUGCUUCAUGUGGAGAAGACAAAACCAUCAAACUUUGGAAUAAAGAAGGGCAAGAAUGGACCAUAAAGACAGUUCUCGUAGAUGGACACCAACGGACCAUUAGAGAAGUGGCAUGGUCGCCUUGUGGAAACUUCCUCGCUUCAGCCAGCUUUGAUGCAACCACAGCCAUUUGGGACAAGAAAAGUGGUCUGUAUGGAUUUCUAAUUAAUCUAAUGUCUUAUCUGAUGCUUGUGAAAAUAGGAAGACUGCACAUAAUUGGCAAACAAUCCAUUUUCCAUAAAUUUUAUUCUAUUUCUGCAUCCAUCAAAAUGUCAAUGGGAGAAAGAACUGGAGUGACGCUUGGCAAGGUGGUGUCCGUGUUGGAAGAUUUUGCACCUAAAAGCCUUGCAGAAAGUUGGGACAACACUGGGUUGCUGGUAGAGCCAUACACUCCUAGGAAUAUUACGAAGCUGUUACUAACCAAUGACUUGACAGAGGAUGUAGCUAUAGAAGCCGAUAACCAAGGAUGCGAAAUGAUUGUCGCGUACCAUCCACCUAUUUUUUCUCCUCUGAAAUCCGUAGUGCAAAGUGCUUGGAAGCAACGCAUCAUAUCUUUCCUACUCGAGAAACGCAUAUCGCUUUAUUCUCCCCACACGAGCUGGGACUGCGUACAAGGCGGCGUGAAUGACUGGCUGGCUUCAGCCUUCCUGGUCAAGAAUUCUAAACCUAUCACGCCAGGAGUUGACCCUAACUUUGGAGCUGGAAGGCACCUCCAACUCCAAGUCGAGAUCCCUCUAUCAGACGCGAUCGCAAAAGUGAAGCAGCUAACCGGCUUGCCCCACGUUCGCCUGGCGCUGGCUAAAGGCAAGUCGCCGUCGGACGGCGUAAAAACAGUCGCGCUGUGCGCCGGAUCCGGCGCUUCCGUGCUUAAAGGAGUUGCGGCUGAUUUAUAUCUGACAGGUGAAAUGCUUCAUCACGACGUGCUUGAUGCGGCCCAAAAAGGCAUAUCGGUUAUCUUAACCAACCAUUCAGAUUCCGAGAGAGGGUUCCUAUCAGUGUUCUCACCGGAUCUUCAGAAAAGAUUAGACAACCAAGUGCAAGUGUUUGUGAGCAAGUCUGAUAAGGAUCCCUUGGUUACUGUGUAAGUGUGCACUUGUCAUAUAUCUACACAAGAAUAGACAAACAGUUGAAGAUAUCGUGAAAUGAUUUUAACUGCCCUGUACGGCUUCAUUGUCUUUUGUGUAUGCGCAUAAUUAAUGUUCUUUAAUCGUAUUUCGUUUUCAAUAAAAGAAACACAAUUUAA